UUCAGUUGAACCUGAGCAACAAGUUUGGCCAGAAUAUUCCAAAGGAUAUAGGAAGGAUAACUCAGCUUAAUGUACUUGAUUUGAGCUAUAAUCUUCUGGUUGGAGGUAUACCCCCUCAGUUAGCCAAUUUGAAGGUCUUGGUAAACUUAAAUCUUUCCCACAAUGGCCUAUCUGGACGCAUUCCUAAAGAACUUGAAAGUUCAUCUGGUUUACAUGAUGUUGUUUAGUCAUACAAUGAGUUGGAAGGUCCAAUCCCUAAUAAUAAAGCUUUUAUCAAUGCCUCAUUGGAGGGUAAUAAAGGUCUUUGCGGAAAUGUAGCAGGACUCCAGCCCUGUGAAAGGCCGUCUUCUAUGGUGAAGAAGCACUCAAUGGCGAAGGGACGUAAACUCAUCCUCAUCACUGUAUUUCCUGUUAUGGGAGCACUAGUACUGCUCUGCGUUUUCAUUGGUGUUCGCUUUAUGUGUAAUAAAAGAAGGAGAGUUAGAGACGUUGAAAGAAGGGAUGGUGAUGGUUGGCUUUUCGAUAUCCAUGUUAGAUGGGAAGGCAUUGUACAGAGACAUCUUAAACGCCACAGAAGAGUUUGAUGCAAAAUUUUGCAUCGGGCAAGGAGGUCACGGAAGUGUUUACAAGGUGAACCUUCCAUCAUUAGGGAAUAUAGCUGUGAAAAGACUUCAUUCUUCAUUUCAGAAUACUCAUCCCAAAAGCUUCAUCAAUGAAGUAAGGGCAUUGACUGGGAUUAAGCAUCGAAACAUUGUGAACCUCUACGGCUAUUGUUCGAAAGCACAACACUCGUUCUUGGUUUACGAGUAUGUGGAGAGGGGGAGUUUGUCUAGUAUUUUGAGCAAUGAAGUUGAGUCCAAGAAAUUGGAUUGGCUUAAAAGGGUGAAUAUCAUCAAGGGUGUAGCCUUUGCUUUAUCUUACAUGCACAGAGACUGUUCAUCACCGAUUGUUCAUCGAGACAUAUCAAGCAGUAAUGUGUUGCUUGAUUCUGAGUAUGAAGCUCGUAUUGCAGACUUUGGAAUAGCAAAGAUUCUCAAGCCGGACUCAUCCAAUUGCACUGCGUUUGCAGGCACAUAUGGUUAUGUCGCACCUGAGCUUGCAUAUACAAUGAAGGUUACGCAAAUGUGUGAUGUGUAUAGCUUUGGAGUAUUAUCCUUGGAGAUAGUCAAAGGAAAGCAUCUUGGAGAUUACAUUUCUGUGCUAGCAAAUUCAUCGACUAUAGAUCCUGAGCAGCUUAGCGAUUUGCUGGAUGAACGCCUUCCAUAUCCUGAUGAUAGAGUAAAAGAUGUUUUGGUUUUUAUCAUCAAUCUAGCAUGCUCUUGUUUGCUUGAAACUCCAAAAUCAAGGCCAACAAUGCCCUUCAUCUCUCAUAAGUUAUCAUCAAUGGAUGCACGCCUACCUAUUCAUCAGAAAACCCCCAUAUAAGGCAAGCUAUAUAAUCCCUAACAUAUAUGGAGAUGAAUAACCUUUGUCGCUGAGUGGUUGUGAAGUAAGUACUGUUUCAAUUGCUUGGACUAGUGGUGGUCAUUUGGUUUACUCUAUUAAUAUGUAUAUUGUAAGAGGUAAUUAUUUAAUCUUCUGCUUCUUUGGCCUUGAGUAAAUAUCAAGAAUUCAA